AAAAGAAAAGAGAUAGAGAGGAAAGGAAAAAAAGAGUAGUACUAGUAUAGUAGAGCUACAUACAUAAAUGUCCCUUUUUCUUUUCUUUCUAGGUAAGAAAGGUGUAGAGAGCAAGAAAAGAAGAAGAAAAAAAGAGAUUUAAAAUGGAACAAAAGGGCACAAAAACAGUCACCACCACCACUCCCAAAUCCCUCUCAGAAAUUAGGACUUGUAGAGCCCAUCUCUGAGCCCCUGCCUUGCUGGCCCUGAACCUCUCUCUCUUCCUGGUUGCUUCUUUUGCAGUUUUUUUUUUCCCUUCCUCCUCUCUUGAUUGUGUUGUGCAGUUUGUUUGUGUAGUGGAGGAGGAGAUAAAAAAGAUACCCUGAUCUAUCUGUUCAUCGAGGCUGUCUGCAAGAUUUGGCAGGAGAGGUAGGCAGGGGGGGAGAAGCGAAAAAGCGCAUCUUUUUUUAGUCGUCUUGGUUCAGUUUCCUGGUUGCUUCUUUUGGAUCCUGGAGAGGAGAGGAGGAGCCCACCGUUUCUCCACCAAAAACCCAAUCCUUGCUGCUUCCUCCGAGCUUGAGAUCGAUUGGUUCCUUCCAGAUCUAAGGCCACCCCUUUCGGCUGCGAGAUCGAUCGCGCAGGAAUCUCGAAGCUAAUCCUAGAAAGAAAGAGAGAAAAAAAAAGGUUUCGCGAAGAAACGAGAGGAGGAGAGGGAAGGUAAAGGAAUGGGCUUUGUGAGGAAGUGGGCGAUGGGGAGGUGUCGGAGAUGAAGGAUGCUAUCUGCUGCGAUGGAAUACUUGAGAUCUUGCUGGGGCCCGGCGUCGUCGCCGGCCGGGCGCCCCCGCAAAGGAUCGGAUGCGGCGGGGCGGCAGGAUGGGCUGCUGUGGUACAAGGACGCCGGCCAGCUCGUCGCCGGCGAGUUCUCGAUGGCCGUGGUCCAGGCCAACAACCUGCUCGAGGACCACAGCCAGGUGGAAUCCGGGCCACUGAGCACCACGGAUCCCAACCUGCAGGGCACUCUUGUGGGCGUCUAUGAUGGGCAUGGAGGCCCGGAGACGGCGCGCUACAUCAAUGACCAUCUCUUCAACCAUCUGAGGGGAUUUGCUUCUGAGCACAAGUGCAUGUCAGCGGAUGUGAUUCGGAAGGCGUUUCGAGCAACUGAGGAGGGAUUCUUUUCUGUAGUUAGUAGUCAAUGGUCGAUGAGGCCUCAAUUAGCGGCAGUAGGCUCUUGCUGUCUGGUUGGUGUGAUCUGUGCUGGAAAUCUAUAUAUUGCAAACCUUGGCGAUUCCCGUGCUGUUCUCGGUAGACUUGUGAAGGGAACUGGGGAGGUUCUGGCUAUGCAGUUGUCAGCAGAACACAAUGCAUCCUUUGAAGAGGUCAGGCGAGAGCUGCAGGCAGCACAUCCUGAUGAUCCCCAUAUUGUGGUUCUAAAGCACAAUGUUUGGCGUGUGAAGGGUAUUAUCCAGAUAACAAGAUCCAUUGGAGAUGUGUAUCUGAAGAAACCGGAGUUCAACAGAGAACCUUUGCAUAGCAAAUUUCGGCUUCAAGAAACUUUCAGGAGGCCUCUUCUUAGUUCUGAACCAGCUAUUGUUGUACACCAAUUACAGACAACUGAUCAGUUCAUCAUUUUUGCAUCUGAUGGACUAUGGGAGCAUAUUAGUAAUCAGGAAGCAGUUGAUCUUGUCCAACAUAAUCCCCGCAAUGGGAUUGCUAGAAGACUAGUAAAGGCUGCAAUGCAGCAGGCAGCAAAAAAGAGGGAGAUGAGGUAUUCAGAUCUGAAGAAAAUUGAUCGUGGGGUAAGGCGGCACUUCCAUGAUGAUAUAACAGUUGUUGUGGUGUUCUUUGAUUCGAAUGCCAUAACCACUGCUAACUGGAGCCGACCUUCAGUUUCUCUUCGAGGGGGUGGUGUUACUCUCCCUGCAAAUUCCCUUGCUCCAUUCUCAGUUCCUACAUAGCUAAGAAGCUCUUUUUAAAAACAGCACCGAAUUUAAGAAUGCAAGAAGACCAAAAAAGAAAAAAAAAGAAAAAAAAGAGGAAGAAAAGGAAAAGGAAGAGAGCAUCAGUUGUGAUUAACUGUUGCGUGAUUUCUUCUGCGUUGUUCUUGUAAAACCUUUUUAGAUUCAAACUUGGUGACUAGUGUACUGAUAGCAAGGUAUAAGAUUAGAUUAUUCUUAGCUUUUCUUUUUCACCCCUUUUUUCACGCUCAUGGGAUAUCAGGUGGUUGUACAUUCUCUGGAUCAUCUUGUGAUAAUAGUUCAUCAUCCCUUAUUUUGUUAACUCCUUCAGAAAUCA